AUGAUCACUUUAGAGAGGCUACAAGAAUUGGAAGCCUCAGGAGCAGCAUUGCUACAGGAGAUGACGAGACUCAAGGAGGAUCAUGCUGCUGACCAUGAAGUUCUUAUGGCAGAGCGUGAUGAAGCUCGUGCAGAGAUAGUACGACUGCAACAUCAAGUGCAACAAUCGGUGGGGGAAACCUCAGGAGGUGCCAUGCUCUUAGUGGGUUCACGUGACAUAUUUCCAGAGGCUGAGUCUGACGAGGCACAUAUCCCAAGAGAGGCGGAUACCAGAAUCGAAGGAGUUCCAUCCGAGGAGGUGGUGAUGCAUCGUGGUAACAUGGAGAUUGAGCCUUUCAUUUCAACCCCGAUAUUUGAUACGACUUCUGCGGAUCAAUCCUUUAUUGCGGCAAUGGAUAGCCCAAUCCCGUCAGAGCUUGCAAUGUCGGCCGAGAAUGCCUGGGUGAAUGAAAUACUUGGCUUCGAUCCUCCUAUGUGA